CCAGUCGCGCUGCCGCCGCCACCACCACGGCCGCCGCCAAUGAAACUCCUCCCGCUCCUAGUGGGUUUUUCCACUGUGUUGAAUUGUUCUUAUACUCAAAAUUGCACCAGGACUUGUCUUCCAAAUGCAAAAUGUGAAAUACGGAAUGGAGUUGAAGCCUGUUAUUGCAACAUCGGAUUUUCAGGAAAUGGCGUCACAAUUUGUGAAGAUGAUAAUGAGUGUGGAAAUUUAACCCAGUCCUGCGGUGAAAAUGCUAAUUGCACUAACACAGAGGGAAGUUACUAUUGCAUGUGUGCACCUGGUUUUCGAUCCAGCAGUAACCAAGUCAGAUUUAUCACUAAUGAUGGAACCAAAUGCAUAGAUAUAGAUGAAUGCAGUGAAUCAGUUGCCUGUGGUGAUCAUGCAGUAUGUGAAAAUGUGGAUGGUGGGUAUAACUGCUCCUGCAAGGAAGGUUAUCAGACAUCCACAGGAAAAGCACAGUUCACACCUAAUGAUGGCACUUACUGCCAAGAAAAUGUGAAUGCAGACUGCUAUUUAGAUAAUGCCUGUAUUGCUGCAAAUGUUGAUAAAAUUUUAACAAAAAUUAGAAACAUAGGCCAACUUGUGGCUUUACUACAAGAUGUCUAUAGGAAUUCUGUGAAACAUCUUUCACCAAUGGAUAUAACUACAUACAUAGAAAUAUUAGCAGAAUCAUCACCAUUCCUUGGUUACAUGAACAGCACUAUCUCGGACAAGGGCGGCCUUUCUAAUUCAACUCUUGCUGAAUUUGUGAAAACUGUGAAUAAUUUUGUUCAAAAGGAUACAUUUAUAGUCUGGGACAAGUUACCUGCGACUCAUAGAAUAACUCAUCUUACAAAGUUGAUGCAUGCUGUCGAACAAGCUACCUUACAGAUUUCUCAAAACUUCCAAAAGACCACUCAGUUUGAUACUAAUUCAAGUGAUGUAGCUCUCAAAGCUUUCUUUUUUGAUUCACAUCACAUGAAACAUAUUCAUCCCAAUAUGAAUGUGGAUGGAGAUUACAUAAAGAUAUUUCCAAAGAGAAAAGCUGCAGAUGAUACAGACGGCAAUGUUGCAGUUGCAUUUUUAUAUUAUAAGAGUAUUGGUCCCUUGUUUUCAUCGUCUGACAACUUCUUAUUGGAACCUCAAAGUUAUGAUCAUUCUGAAGAGGAGAAAAGAGUCAUCUCUUCAAUAAUUUCCGUCUCAAUUAGCUCAAACCCACCCACAUUGUAUGAACUUGAAAAAAUAACAUUUACAUUAAGACAUAUAAAGACCACAGAUAAGUAUAGGAGUCAAUGUGCAUUUUGGAACUACUCCCCUGACACCAUGAAUGGCAGCUGGUCCUUAGAGGGCUGUGAGCUAACGUACUCCAAUGAGACCCACACUUCUUGCAGCUGUAAUCAUCUGACACAUUUUGCCAUUUUGAUGUCUUCUGGUACUUCCAUUGGUAUCAAAGAUUAUAAUAUUCUUACAAGGAUCACUCAACUAGGAAUAAUAAUUUCUUUGAUUUGCCUGUCCAUAUGCAUUUUUACCUUCUGGUUCUUUAGUGAAAUUCAAAGCACCAGGACAACAAUUCAUAAAAAUCUCUGUUGUAACCUGUUCCUUGCUGAACUUGUUUUUCUGGUUGGGAUCAAUACAAAUUCUAAUAAGCUCUUUUGUUCGAUCAUUGCUGGUCUGCUGCAUUACUUCUUUUUAGCUGCCUUUGCAUGGAUGUGCAUUGAAGGCAUUCACCUCUAUCUCAUUGUUGUUGGAGUUAUCUACAACAAGGGAUUUCUGCACAAGAAUUUUUAUAUCUUUGGCUAUCUCAGCCCAGCUGUGGUGGUUGGAUUUUCAGCAUCAUUAGGAUAUAGAUAUUAUGGCACCACCAAAGUGUGUUGGCUUAGCACAGAAAACAACUUUAUUUGGAGUUUUAUAGGACCAGCAUGUCUAAUCAUCCUUGUUAAUCUCUUGGCUUUUGGAUUUAUCAUAUACAAAGUUUUUCGUCACACUGCAGGGUUGAAACCAGAAGUCAGUUGCUAUGAGAACAUAAGGUCUUGUGCCAGAGGAGCCCUUGCUCUCCUGUUCCUUCUUGGCACCACCUGGAUCUUUGGGGUCCUUCAUGUUGUACACGCAUCAGUGGUGACAGCUUACCUCUUCACCAUCAGCAAUGCCUUCCAAGGAAUGUUCAUUUUCUUAUUCCUGUGUGUUUUAUCUAGAAAGAUCCAGGAAGAAUAUUAUAGGUUGUUCAAAAAUGUCCCUUGUUGUUUUGGAUGUUUAAGGUAAACAGAGGGAACUAUGGAUAAUUAUUGCUACACAAAAAUUAAAAAGCCAAGCUGUGGAUGGCCAAUGCAUGAAAAUGACUCAAACAAAUUAUCCAAUUAAUUACUAGAUAAUCAAAUAUUUUAAGUCAGUUUUUCUGUUUACAGUGUAGGAACUGAAUAUAAUAAGAGGUGAAAUUAUGUACCAUGUAGCUACAGUAUGCUUCCCUACAUGACUUAGUUAUGUCAAAAAUAAUAUUACAGAUAUUUGGAAAGUAAUUGGUUUCUCGGGAGUGAUAUCACUGCGCCCAAGGAUAGAUUUUCUUUCUAACACAAGAAAUAUAUGAAUGUCCUGAAGGAAACCACUGGCUUGAUAUUUUAUGACUCAUGCUGACUUUAAAACUAGUCCCCUAUCACCUUGGUAAUGAGCUCUGUUACAGAAAGUGGAACAUAAGAGAAUAAAGGAGCAGAAUAUAAAAUAGUAGAAAGGGAAUGACUGUCAUAACAAUGGAAUGUAUUUUGAAUAAACUUGGGUGUUGUUUUUUUUGUAAACUAGAUGAGAAAUUAUAAAGAUAAAAUAAAGAAUUGAAUAAACACAUCUUACCACUUCGUGAAUUGUUCUGAACAUAAAUUUCUACCAAAAUAACUUGCACCUAAAAAAUAAAAUAAAAAUAACUUGCACCUGUAUUUGUUAUAUUCACUUUCUUUUCCAAUAUUUCUAAAAACUGCACAGCUUCACAAAAGAAAAACACACACAUUUCUGUUCUGUUUUUACGUUAACAUUAGAAUGAAGCAUAUGCUAUUUCUAUACUUGCUUCACAGAUUGUAACUUCAAAUGCAUAAUCAGUAAUGCACAAAUAUGUCAAAAUAUAGUAUUGUUCAUGCCUGUAAAUGUUGUUCAUGCCUGUAAAUAAAGCUGAAGCUUUCUAUUCUA